GGCCUCGGGGGAAGAAGCGCUCCCUGAGUGGGUCGGAGCGUCUCACCGAGCACAGUCACGCGGAGGCACGCUCCGAGCGAGCGGGCGAGAGCUCGCGAGCGCGCUCCCGCCGCCCUCUACGGUGACGUGCCUGGCCGAGGCCGCGCUAGGGCGCUGGAGCUGCUACAGAGCCGCUGUCAUGGCGUCGGAGGCGCUAGCUGAGGAGAGCCGGCCGCGGUGUCUAUAGGACCAGGGACGGGCGGCCGGGGAUGGAGAACGGCCCUGACAGCCCACAGCCUUUGGAACUCGGGGUGCCAUCCGGGCGAGUGUCACCGCCGGAAGGGCGACGGCGCGACGGGCGCGAGGCUGAGGAUGGUCCCGCUGGACGCGCGGUGGACAGCGGCGGGCAGGGGGCGGCGGCAGCGCGUAGCAGUCUCGGGGACCCGACGUCUCCCUCGCAGCACGGAUGCAGCGCGGGCUCGGACUUGAAGGACAGCGCGUCGUCGAGCCCGGUCGCUUCGGAGGCGCCUUCAAGAGGGCAGCACAAGGUGACCGCCUCCCCGGAGCUGGCCGAGGCCGCGGCGGGCCGAGGGUCGGGGCCAGUGGGCGACACAGGCACCUGCAGGGUGGAGCAGGCGGCGGAGGAGCCCAGCAGCGCUGGCGCCCUGAGCAGCAGCUGCAGCGAGCCGAGCCCCCCUGGGGACUCGCCCAGCUUGGACUCCCUGGAGUCUUUCUCCAACCUGCAUUCUUUCCCCAGUAGCUCUGAGUUCAAUAGCGAGGAGGGAGCGGAGACCAGGGUCCCCGAGGACGUGGAGGAGGGCGCGGCGGGGCCGCCCAGGGUUGCACCUCUGUGCAAAGAGGAGGAGGAGGACCCGGCUCAGGUGCUGGCAGCCUCCAAAGAACGCUUUCCGGGACAGUCAGUGUAUCACAUCAAAUGGAUCCAGUGGAAAGAGGAGAACACGCCCAUCAUCACCCAGAAUGAGAAUGGACCCUGCCCAUUGCUGGCUAUCCUCAAUGUUUUGCUUCUCGCCUGGAAGGUGAAACUCCCACCGAUGAUGGAGAUCAUAACUGCGGAGCAGCUGAUGGAGUAUCUCGGCGAUUACAUGCUUGAGGCAAAGCCAAAAGAAAUCUCAGAAAUUCAACGUGUAAAUUAUGAACAGAAUAUGAGCGAUGCUAUGGCAAUCUUGCACAAACUGCAGACAGGCCUGGAUGUGAAUGUCAGGUUCACUGGGGUACGAGUUUUCGAGUACACACCAGAGUGCAUAGUCUUUGAUCUUCUAGAUAUUCCUUUGUAUCAUGGGUGGUUAGUGGACCCUCAGGGUCAACUGUAUUUGUUGGUAACAGACCAGGGGUUUCUUACUGAAGAAAAAGUUGUCUGGGAAAGCCUCCACAAUGUAGACGGCGAUGGGGAUUUCUGUGACUCGGAAUUCCGUCUUCGGCCUCCUUCAGAUCCUGAGACUGUGUACAAAGGUCAACAAGACCAAAUAGAUCAAGACUACCUUAUGGCACUGUCCCUGCAACAAGAACAGCAGAGCCAAGACAUCAACUGGGAGCAAAUCCCAGAAGGAAUCAGUGACUUGGAGUUGGCAAAGAAACUCCAGGAAGAGGAGGACCGACGGGCCUCUCAGUACUACCAGGAGCAGGAGCAGGCUCAGGCUGCUGUGGCCACCACCACCCCUUCCACGCAGGCCCAGCAGGGCCAGCCAGCGCAAGCCUCUCCAUCAAGUAUAAAACAGCCUGGGAAUAGUGAACGGAAACGCAAGGAACCUCGGGAAAAAGACAAAGAGAAAGAAAAGGAAAAAAAUAGCUGCGUGAUUUUGUAGGGAUUGCUGGCGUCUGUGGGAACCACCUAUGCAGAUGACGGAAAGGAAGACCCAGUACCUACCGUCUGUGCCUGAUCUCCCAAUGGAUUUUGCUCAUGUUUUCCAGGGGAAAGUUGUUACUUUGUUACAAUCAACUUUUUCAAGUUACACAAUACACUCUUUAUGAGCUGGAGUUUUAUGUUACAAGUUGGAACUGUUGUGUGUUGUCACUGUAGCCAAAUGAGUAUAUCACUCCUAUUUUGUGUCUAGUGACAUUGCAACUCAAUCAGUUAGUAAGCUACUGUGUUCUAUGUGACAAUGGAUGGAGGUCACUGAAUGAGUUUGAUCCUUCUCAAGAUGUAAUUAUUAGCAGAACUAUGUCUGAACUUUACAUUGUUAAAUUAUGUUCUAAUCCAUGAGGAAAAAGGAGUUUAAUACUGGGGAGGGGCAGCAGGAAUAAUGACCCUUCAUUGUGCAUUGAACUGGUUCAGCCCUUGAACAGCUUUACCUGUCUUUAGUAAUGCACAUCUUAGCUAUUACCUUGGGAACUGAUAACGGAGCUUGGAUCCAAUUUAGAUAGAAAAAUAUUUUUUUAUUUUCGAAUAGCAAAAAAAAAAAAAAUACACAACACUAAUACUUAUAACCUAUUCAGAUGAGAUACUGACUUUGUAGUGCUAUGAGGUGUUGAGAAAUUUCAACACCUUCAGAGCCUGAAAGGUGGCUUGUUUGAUGAGGAUGUAAUAUGUGAGUGAGGAGAAGACCACACUCAUGUUCAGCCUUGUAAAUAUAAGGACAGAGAAGAGCAGAGUUCACUGUCUACCUUUUUCUAGAAUUACCUUGAACCUUAAAUUUUAAAUCAUGUUUAUUGCUAGAAAUUUAAACCAAUAAAAAGCACAUUUCUGAAGGAGAGUUAAUCUCUUGACUCUAAUGAAAAGAUAUUAAUAAAAUUCUAAACACAGGUAGGAGUCUGAAGGAAUUUAUGUAAAAGCAAUCAGAUUUUUUAACUUAUGAGAACCAAAUGAACCUAAGACACCUUACAUCAUUUCUAGGAUUCGGGGAUAUUUACUCAGCCUGGCGAUGAGACAGCACACACUGUAUUUCUAGAUACAAUUUGGAAAACUGUCCUUCACAUGCUUUAUAUACUUUGUAUUUAGACUUUGUUUCAGUUAUUUUUAAAGAUUAUUGCCAGUGCACAAAGCUGCGUGAUUUAUCCUAAACCUCAGUAAAUUUUAUUCAGGAGCAUCACAGAUUGAAAAUCCAGUUAGAGAAUAUUUCUUGUGGUCUGGAAGCAACGAAAGACUACCAAAAGAAAGAAGUCUGGAGUUGAAGACUAUUGUCAUUGAUGUUUUCCAUGAUUCCAAGCCGGCUGUAGGCUGAGUACAUAUGUAAAAAGUAGAGUUUUAUUUAUGAAAAGUCUUGUUCUAAGAGGAAAAGAACUUCAGGGCCACGCUGUACCUUUCUGUCCUUCUAUAGUACAUAUCUAUUUAUACCCUUUGUUGUUUCUUCGGACUUUCUAUACUAGCAUGGGGACGAAUCAGAGGACCUGCCUGGGGUAUAACAUUUGUGUGUAAAAUACCUGAUAAGUCUCUUGAGUGCAACCUAGAGUGAGUACGAACUGUCAGAGACCAGACCCCUUCAGAUGGACUGACCUCAGCAUAAACACCCAUGAUAGUUAGUGUUCUGCUGAUUGGAGGAGAAAACGCAAACCUCAGAGUUUGCCUUUCCCAGAACAGUCUAAUGUUUUAGUUUAGGAAACAGUUAACCUUAAGAGAUCAAGGCAUAUUUUUCCACAAUUAUAUUACAAUAUCUACUUAUUGCCCUUGAAGAUCUAUAUAUAAAAGUUAUGUUAUUUUUUACUCUCAUAUUUUUCCAAAGAUAAUAACUGCCAAUACUAUGUUCCCUUUAGAAGAAGGAAGAAAUAAAACAGAAGGAACACACACCACUCACUGAAAACCAUCAGCGCUGCUGUCAGAGGAGUGGAUGUGUGCUUAACAUCAGCAGUGCACUGUUCGUCAAUCCAAACUGUUCUUACAUGAGGUUCCCGAGUUGGGCUUGGCUACAUUCCUGGAAUUUAGUUUGAUAUGACAAGAGUCAUAUCAAACUUAUUAUAAGAUGUUUGUUUUGAUUACUGUGGGAGAGGUUAAAUGUUUGACUCUAUUAAAACAAAUCUCUAAGAUAUGAUUCCUGUCCUUGAAGGCUUGUCAAGGUUCCAAACUGCCACGUAUUUAUUUCCUAUGUUUGCUCAAGGCAGCAAGUGAUCAAUAUUCAGGCAUAUUACUGCUUGUUUGGGCAAAGAGGACUUUGAAAAUGGUGUUUUGAGGGAUUUUUUCCCCUUACAAUAUUUUGUGAUAUUGACAUUGUUAUACAUAUAUUGCUAACACACGUUACAGUUUAAACAUUUUGGAGCUUAAUGAUUCUAAAUUCUGGGCACACUUGACUCAUGUGCCAGUACAGCGGGAGAGCUAGCAGAAGGCAGGCGGGGAGCAGAUACGGUCCCUGGCACUCUUCUCAUACAUUCAGAGCACACUCGUAAGGUUAGUCACCAGUCUGUAUUAAUGUGCACUUCUUCAUUAGUAAGUCUGUUGUGUCAACAGUGCUGUGACCUGUACUAGUUUAUCAGUACCUAGAAUCGUGUGUAUGUCUCCAUGACUUCUGUUUAGGCCUCAAAGCAAUCUGAAAACUAACAGAUUUAAAAGUUGUGAAUAUUUAAAAAUAUUCACACACACUUAGGAGUAUCACCAAGUGGUACAGCAUUUGCCUGCAGCACACAAAGCCCUGGGUUCAAUUCCUAGCAUAGGUAUGUAGACUCACUGGCAGCUAAUCAGGGCACUGGCCUUAUGCCCAGUCAGUGUGGAUGGGAAGAAUAACAUCCUCCAUGUCUCAAGGUCAGGCUAGGAUUGAGCAAGUCAGAAGCUUAAGUUCGGAAUUAGGUUCUAGAAGAUAUAAUAUAUAUACUAUAAUGUCAGAUGUUAGUUGACUAAACUCAAUGUUAGGCACUCUGUACUUGCACAAAAACUUCAUAGCAUUUGCUUUCCCUAAACCAUAAACUCAUUUCAGACCUGGAGGACCAGAGAGCAUACGUGAGGGAAAGGCAUGACUCUGAUCACAAAUGUCUGUAAAAUCCUAGCAAAUUAGGCAAGAAUUUCUAGAACUGUCCUCAAUCUUACUUAAAUUUUAGACAUAGUCUUGUUAUAUCUAGCCAGACUGGCUUGGAAUUGACUGUUGUAGCCCAGGCUACCUUCAAACCCACAAUCCUCCUGCCUCAGCUUCUCACUGCCACUACUACAGGUGGAUAUCACCAUACCCAGCUUGUUGAAACUUCCUUUAGAAAAGCAAACAGCAAACUGAAUACAUGUUGCUUUGUGAUUCAUUGUACUGGUUAUUUAUUUUUUGACAGAAAGCUUACAGCCUUGUACCUAACAGUGUCUUAGACAUAUAAAUUGAAAAAUUAAUGUUUGACAAAAUAAGGCAGAGAAAUUAAAGAUAGCCACUUAUUUAUAUUUUAAGGAAUUAGACAUGUGAAAUUCUGGCUCAUUUGGUGUUCGAAACCUGACUAUCAGGGCAUGGUAAUAUAUACCUGUCAUACCGUUUUGUAGGGCUGAAGCAGGAGGAUUCUAAGUUCAAGGCCACUCUGUGCAAAUAAUAAGACCCUGAUUCUAAAACCAAACCUGACUUUGUCCUGUUUUGGCAAUCAUUGUGUGCCUCUGUUUACUCUGUGCAGGGUGCUCCUCUUCCCAUGUAUGCCCGCAGUGCUUGGUUCUCCUGAGAAAAGGCCAUACUUUAGCACUGAGAAUUACCGAGAUCAUCACAGACACUGCACAUUCUCCAUUCUCGAAUGUGAAGACUUUUUAUAAUGACUUAAAUCAGUUUUUUAUGCUGUUAGAAUGUGUAGGAUUCCUUUGAAUGUGGCAUCCUGGCUUUCAAAAAUAUUUUUUGCAGCUGCUUUUCUAUUUAGCAGGCUAGUGUCAAGACCAGGAGUGUUUGGGCUUACAAAAUGCACUUCACAGACCUGUCUUCCCAGUAUCCUCCACAGAUCCAGCUUUUAGAGCCCCUUGCUCAGUCCCUCCAGGGUAGAGCAAUAUCAGGAACUGACUUUGCUCUCCCCACUGCUGUCAGUGUACACAACUUAUUUGUGGCUUAGUGUAAAAAUGAACUCUGAUCUUGUGCAAGUCAGAUCCUUUAGACAAGUGAGAAACCCUAAAGGACCAUGUGUGAAUCUUAGCGUCUGUGGUUCUCUGAUAAGUUAGCAUCUUUUGUUACUGAUGCUUGACAUUUUUGAAACUGUUAAAGGGAAAAAAAUUAUGAAGAAUUGAGUUUACUUUUCUUAGGUAACAGUUUAAAAUAACUUUAAAUUAAAAGCUCCCUAAAGGGAAUAAAUUACAGAGAAGAUAAAUCAGGAGGAAACCUUGCAGGAUGCUGGAACAGUUACUUUGAAAAUCUAUCUAAAAUUUAAUUCAUGCAUGUCUUUACUUAAUCCUGGUGUUUCUAUCCUUAGGAAAUAGAGCUUAACAUUAAUAUAUGCAUAUAUUUUUUUUACAUGUAGGAUUCUAGUUUCUAUCUUCUGAGCUCAAGAAAGCUAAACUCAACAAACAGGGUAAAAAUCUUCAACUCCCGCCUCAAAUUCAAUGGUCCUUUGUCCUGACAAAAGUUAGUUAGACUUGUUUAAUAAGCUGGUAUUUUUAGGGCAUGAUACCCUCCCAUUAAGUACUUAAACUACCACGGCAGAGAUAGGAAACCUAAGCUUUGCCCCAUGGUGAAGUAAAGAACAAAAGCCCUCUUGCCCCAGAUCUCUAGCAUGACUUGUAAAGUCUUCCUCAGCUCACCGCAUCGCUGUUACUGGUCACCUCCUAACUGCUCUGUCCACCUGUACUGUCACACACCUGGAGAGGCAGGGCAUCCCUGCAAGUAAAGGACGCCCAGAGUGGAGCCCCUGGGCAGGCAGCACUCACUCUUUUGGCUCUAGUGAUUGUCCAUCUGUAUGUGGAAAGUCAGGAAGCUGAAGUGCCCAAGAGAAAUCAUGAAUCGCUGAUGACACUGUAACAGAAAUGCCCUUUGAAGCAGCUAUAACUCAUGCAAUGAGUUUUAAAAACAGAGACUGGUGUUUAAUCUUUGAAAACGAUGUCUGGUUCGUCAGAAUGUUUGUUGCUGAUCUUCCCCACCCAUUAUUUGUAUGACAUAACCACUGUGACAGGGUGCAGUGUCUCUUCACCCCCCAGGAUUUUCCUAGUAGUUUCUGUUAGGACAGCUGCCACGGCAGAUCCUCCUAAGACAGCAGCAGAGCGGUGGACGUGUGCCUGCAGAGCGGUGGGAAGGGUGAUAUGUGGGCAGCUCAUCUAAUGCCAGCACAUUUGACUCUCGUCCUUGACUCGGGCUGAAUAACGAGGUUGAAACAUGGAUUUGGGAGAACAACAGGCUAUGGAAUGAUGACGGAGACUGUCAUUUCAAACAGUUGUAAGCAAAAGAGACAGGUUUUCUACCCCCACCUUGCUAUGACACAUGGAGCUGUGUGCUAGCUGAAAUGGGCCGUCAGAAGUGACUGUGGGGACUGAGCGCCUCUACUCACAUUUCUUGUCUGUCCUAGCAUCCUUUCUACUUCUAACGAGUCAUUCUUUUGCUUUAAAUGAAGUGAAGAAUGAUGAGUAACAGAGGGACGACAUAGCAGUAGGAAAAAGACCUAAAGUGCACCAACCCCUUGCAGGGCUCAGCUGAUUUCUGUGAAAUAAACUAUUUUAAAUGUUAAUUAUGCUAAGAGCACCUCUAAAAAUUAUGUCUUAAAUUUCAAGUUUCACUUUUGGAAACUACUCCUGAAAAGACAUUGAAUAUAGGUGGGAAAGUAUAAAAUGUUUCUGACACAAUGACUCAGUAUUAUUCAGUGUUUAAUCUCAAAUUCGUUAUAACACAAGUGUCAUCAGUGGGUUAAAACGUUGGAUGUUUUUGUUAAUAUACUUAAAACUGUAACCAGUGAAUAACACCGUAGUAUUUUUUAUUAUAGAUUAUAUUUUAUUUCAAUAAACUUUGAUAUUUAGACUGAA